GCCAGGGGGAGCACAGGAGCCCUGCGGUGGCUGCACUGCAGGUCAUUGUCAGCCAGAAGAGCCUGCCCUUGGCAGGUCUGAUCCGGACUGGGGACCUGCCUCCCCCCAGCAGUAGGGUCCCUGAAGUGGCAGCCCACGCCAUAGCCACCAGGAUGCCCAGCAGAACAGCCCGCUAUGCCCGCUACAGCCCACGGCAGCGGCGCCGGAGGUUCUUGGCCAAUAGAAGUGUGCACUUCCCUAAUGAUGUCCUGUUCUUGGACCACAUUCGCCAGGGUGACCUGGAGCAGGUGGGGCGCUUCAUCAGGACUCGGAAAGUCUCCCUGGACACCAUCUACCCCUCAGGCCUGGCUGCCCUUCAUGAAGCAGUGCUCUCUGGAAACCUGGAGUGUGUCAAGUUGCUGGUCAAAUACGGGGCUGACAUUCACCAGCGUGACGAGACGGGCUGGACGGCCCUGCACAUCGCCUGCAGCGACGGGUACCCUGAUAUAGCCAGGUACCUCAUUUCCCUGGGGGCAGACAGAGAAGCUGCCAACGAUGAUGGUGACCUGCCCUCGGACCUCAUUGACCCUGACUUCAAGGACUUGGUGGAGCUCUUCAAAGGGACUAAGAUGGACUGAGCCCAGCCCCGCCCUUCCAGGGCCCAGCCCCUCCUCCUCACACACACAAGUCAGGUGCCCACCUCCCCGGCGUGCCAGGAGUGCCGAGCCAGCCCGGCUGGGAGCCGACCAGGCUGGCCGCGCGACCCCAAACCUGGGCACAACCCCUGCUCCUCCCACACCUUUGGCCUGGCUUUUUCUCCAGGUGAAUUUUUUAUUGUGAUACUUUUUACUUUUUCAAUAAACGUGA